AUGAACAACGAACAAUUCAGGAAGCUUUUGGGUGCCGACUCAGCGAAGUCCCAGUCUCCGAGCAAUGGAGCGUCCCAAGGCAGCGCCAGUCCGGCCGCUUCUGGCGCGUUGGGAUCGCGACAACGAUCAAGCAUUCCCAUGACUCCGCGGUCUGUUGGAGUUGGGAACAGUCGAAGCGAGUUUGCGCGACAGCUUGCUGCAAGGAAUCAAGCGACCCAGCCCCAGAAGAAAUUUCGCACAUCGACACCGAAAGGAUCGCGACUUGCGGAGGGCUACGUCGACCGAGCACGAGACCGAACUGACGAGGAAGAAGAUGACCGCGCAAAGAGGAUAAAGGCGCUAGAGGAAGCGCUGAAGAACGAGGAAAUCGACCAGGCGACGUUCGAGAAGCUCUGCAGCGAAAUCGCAGGAGGAGACCUUUCGAGCACGCAUUUAAUAAAGGGAUUGGACUUUAAGCUCCUAGAAAGAGUGCGCAAGGGCGAAGAUGUCUACGGAGACAAGAAAGAUGACGAAGAAGAGGAAGUGCCACCCGAGGAGGAAGUAGACGAAGCGUUCGACGAGUUGGCGGAAACAGAAGUGCAGGCCGUCGAAAAGGAAAAGGUGAAAAAGAAGGGUCAGUUCGCGCCUGUAGCGCUUGCUCCCGGGAAGAAGAGAACGCGGGACCAGAUUCUGGCCGAGUUGAAGGCCGCGAGAGAGGCCGCCAAGGCCCAGCAGGAAGCCGCGCUGGGUAACAAGUUCAGGAAGAUCGGCGCCAAGCAACAGCCUGGAACCCGCAUCGAACGAGACAGCAAGGGCCGCGAAGUCUUGAUUAUUGUCGACGAAGAUGGUCACGAGAAGAGGAAGGUUCGCAAGAUCCAACCAGGUGCUGAAGAGGAACAGCGCAAAGAGUUCGUCCCGGACAAGGACGCGAAACCGCUAGGCAUGGAGGUGCCCGAGUUCUACAAGAAGCAACAAGAGGAGGCCGAAGAAGAUGACAACGACGACAUUUUCGCCGACGCAGGGGACGAUUACGACCCGCUUGCUGGGAUGGACGACAGCUCCGAUGACGACAGUGAAGGCGAGGUCGAGGACAAGAAGGAGGCUAAGGAUGAGCGUAGCGCCGACACAAUAGCGAUGCCACCGCCGCCGCGGCCGGUGCAGGCUCGCAACUACUUCAAGGACGCCAAGACGGAGCUCAUCUCGUCGCAGACCCUCAAGGGGCCUUCUAUGUCCGACCCUGCCAUCCAGGCUGCUUUCAAGAGGGCUGCGCUGCUCAACGCCGCGAACAAAGACCGCGAAGGCGAAGAAGACGACGAAGACGACGAGGAGGCCAAGGCUCGGCGGGAGCGCCACAAGAGGAUGCUGCAGAGCGUUGACCGAGAUGCCGAAGAUUUGGACAUGGGCUUCGGCACCAGCAGGUUCGAAGACGAGGCAGACUUUGACGAUGCUCCAGUCAAGCUUUCGGAAUGGGGCAACGAUGACGACGAAGGAGACGGCCAGGGCGGUAAAAGCAAGAGGAAGAGGGGCCCCAAGAAGAGGAAGGGCGACGCCAACAACGCGGCUGAUGUGCUCAGGGUGAUGGAGCAGCGAAAAGCGGCGAGCAAGUCGUAG